CACACACACACACACACACGCUCUUUCUCCUCCUCCUCCUCUCUGAAGGUGGGUAGCAGGAGCCAUGCAACAUCUGCAGAACCGGAUGGCAAAAGAGCAGGAGGAAAAAUAAUCCAAGUGGAGUGCUCAGGGGACACUGAGUUGUUUUUUCUUUUUCUUUUCUUUUUUUUUUUUAAUUUUUUCUUCUUCUCCUUCUUCUGCGUACCUGUGAGAUUCGAUUGCACAUUUUGCUGAGCCCAUUUUGAGGCAUUUUAUUUUUCUUUCUCUUGGGAUUUUCUCCAUUGCCAGAGGAUGUCUCUUGUUGAGAGGAUGCUGAAAGGAAGAAGAAACGAAUUCUUUGACUGGCACUGAAGGAGGGGGGGUAUUUUUCCCCCACAUUUUUUAGUUUUUUUCAUUAUUAUUUUUCUCUAGGAAAUCAUUAACUGGGGGGGGGGUUGGUUUCUUUUUUCCCUCCCCCCCUUUUUGUGGAGGGGGAUUUCGGAAGAUUCAUCCUUCUUUCCCCUCCCCUCCAAAGAUUCUUUUUUCAUCCUUCGUCUUUGUGGAAAUGUGGACAUUUCAGGCAGACAGAUUGAGUGGAAUUGUCUCUGCUUUAGCAGCUCUUUGUCUCGCCUGCUGUGCGCAAAGCCCAUCCACUGGGAAUAUUUCUGUGGUGAAAGAGAUUGUGGACAAACUGCUGAAGGGCUAUGAUGUCCGCCUCAGGCCUGACUUUGGAGGUAACCCUGUCACAGUGGGAAUGAGCAUCCAUAUCUCCAGCAUUGACCAGAUCUCUGAAGUCAACAUGGACUACACCAUCACCAUGUACUUCCAGCAGAGCUGGCGGGACAAACGCCUGGCCUAUAACGACCUUCCUCUCAACCUGACCUUGGACAACAGGGUGGCUGACCAGCUGUGGCUGCCUGACACCUAUUUCCUGAAUGACAAGAAGUCCUUUCUGCAUGGGGUGACAGUGAAGAACCGCAUGAUUCGGCUCCAUCCUGACGGGACUGUCCUGUAUGGCCUGAGGUAA